AUGGCUGAAAUCCACCGUUUCCCCGACCCCUUCGGCAUCAUGGCCCACAGGCUCCUUUUCGUCAAUCAUGUUGGCCAAGUUGCUCAGAGACCAAGUUUCCAAACCGACUUAGGAAGGGAAAUCGGACAAAAAAGGUUUCCAAAAAUUGCAUUUGUAAAAGCAUUGAACACCUUGGGCACUCGAUAA